CUCUGCGCCACUGGUCCGACGAAACGCUGCCGUAGCAGAGCCAGUCCGCACCGACCCGAGGCAGAGCAGACACACGGGAGACAUCACCGCCGCGCACACAGGGGGAAUCUUUUGUAUUUGUUCGACCGAGUGGCUUUGAUUUGCAUAUCCACUCCCACUCCUUCCUCAUUUGCAUACAGCAAGAAUGGCGAGCGGGCAUCCCACAGACAAAUUCAGUUUCAUGUAUCAACCAGACACGCACAAGAGUAAGAACAGGUUAGCUUCAGCUAUGAAUCCCGUCUACAGCCCAGUUCAGCCUGGCACCCCGUAUGGAAACCCUAAGAACAUGGCCUUCACAGGCUAUCCAGGAGGGUAUCCUGCCACGGCUCCCACCUAUACACCCAACCUCUAUCAAACAGGCAGUCCUGGGUAUCCACCAGGCCUUUUUUUAGGAUACACUUCGGCAGGCACCCCGUACAAAGUGCCCCCCACUCAGUCAAAUGGGGCGCCCCCUCCCUACACUCCCACUCCCACCCCAUACCCAACAGCCAUGUACCCUAUCCGCAGUGCCUACCCUCAGCAGAACCUAUACGCACAGCAGACCCUAGGCUUCACCAACCAUUUCCUGUGUCCGUCCCGACAGGGCGCGUACUACACCCAGCCAGUGUAUGCGGCUCAGCCCCAUGUGAUCCAUCACACCACUGUGGUGCAGCCUAACAGCAUCCCCUCCACGGCCCUAUACCCGGCCCCCGUCCCGGUAAACGCUCCUCGCAACAACGGCAUGGCUGCCAUGGGGAUGGUAGCCGGGACAACCAUGGCCAUGAGUGCAGGGACCCUGCUGACAACGCCCCAGCACGCCCAGAUUGGAGGACACCCGGUUACCGUGCCAACCUACAGGCCCCAAGGGACACCUGGGUACAGCUACGUACCGCCUCACUGGUAGAGCCCAUCCAUCAUAUCUGGAGUCCACCAUCGUAUGCAACUGCUCAAAUCUUACACGGGCUCCCAAUGGUAACCAUGGGAACCCAGCACCUGUCUGCAAGAACAAAACUAAAGUGCAACAGCCACUUUACUAUUAUUGUUAUUGUUAGUAUGCGACAUUCUCUAACGUUUUUACAAAAGCUGCUUUUAUUUUUCUCUGUUCAUUUGCCAACCAGUCAUUACCUUAUUUUCUACGGUUAUUUUUUUAUUUUAUCCAAUUUUCUUUUCUUUUUUUUUUUUUAAUGUGUCUGUCAUUGGAACUCCAGAAGGAAACUUGACCAAUCACGGGUGUCAGUUGCUCCUGUUUCUGUGUUGUGCUGGUAUGUGUGGUCCUUCCUGCUGCUGCUUCUCGGUUGGCUGGAAUAUAUUGGGCACUUAUUCCUCAUCACCAUCUCCUUCAGUCACUACAAAGACUUAUUGACUUAUGCUGCCAAAGUUUUAACAGCUAGAUUUCAGCACAGGGUUUUAACAUUAUGAGCAAUUUAAUUUUCUGGGUUAUUUAAGUUUUAUUUUUAAUAUUUUAUUUUUUUCCUUUUUUGUUUUUCUUUUUCGGGUUUUAAUCUCAGCCGUCUUCCGGCGCGUUGCUGUCCGUCCGGCAGUAGUCAGUUCAUCAUCCCUGUCGUUCUAUUGCCAUCUAAGUGCUAUGAGCAGAGCGCUUACUGGCCGGUACCCAUCCUGCUGCGUGUCCCACUGGUUCCACAUUCGCAUUACUUCGUGCUACGUACAAUGCAGGCUAGUAUGUUGUGACACUUAUCGGAAUCUUAACCUUAGCGUAGGUCAAUGCGUUUUAGUGGGAAUAUUCAUAAUGGCUGUGCCAACGGCGCGAGUGGUCAUGCUCACUUUCUCUCCCUCACACACACACACACACACACACACACACAGGGGCUCCUGUGGUGCGUUGGAAAAACACCGGAGUGGCACUUACUGCACAAAACCUUGUUACUGAUCCACACACACACACACACUCGCAUAGUGUAGAGGGAUUUCUAGUGGUGAGCAUGGCAGACAGCAGAUAAGGAGUUUAAAGGGAUUGCGUUUGCGCAGAGAGAGAGGAGAGCGAGACGAGACGGGGCGAUCGGACAUCGCGGAGGGAGGAGGAGAUCUCACGGUCGGGUCGGUUUCAUUUCAAGGUACAAAACAUUUGAGUUUGUGACGUCUCACCUGCAAGAGACGGCACGAGCACUCUGCCACUUUGCACUACUUGUGUUGUACCUUGAUUCCCCACUGCGAUCUCAUCGCCUCCUCGUCACCUCCCUCCCUCGCUCCCUUCCUCCAGGCAAGGACUUAGUAACCAAACACUCAACGAAUGGAAACCCAGACUCUCGAGCCCACAGUUAAAACUGGACCGGUCACAUACAUGGGUGCCGAUAGAUGAGAGUCCAGUCCACGUGUCCAUUCCAACAAAUGACACGUCGUUGUGCACCACGCUUAGGAACACAUCGUGGCCAAUGGGAGGGAGCGCCGCCGUGCGUCUGGGUGAACAUUUUAACUUAGUGGGAAUAGCAGGUGAACAGGUGCUGGUUUAAGUGGUCGUGUCUACAACAGUGAAAACAAUGGAGGAUACUUUAGCAGAGAGUGCAGAGCCGCCAUGACGUCACUCUGCUUUCAGUCCAGUUGACUUUUUGGACUUUAUUGAAAGGAUGAAUCCAUAUGUUCACUAUCUUUUUGUCUGUUUCUGGAAAGAACGCACAUCUGCUUUUACUGACUGAAUUUUAAACUUAAUUCUCCACUUAAAAAAUAAAUGAGGUAAAAAAAGAAAAAAAUCCAGCAUAACCUCCCGGGUCAUUAGAUUAGUAUAAUAUUCGAGACAUGGAACACAUGCAGCCAUUUUCUCUUGCCUUUUCAUUCUCAUACACAUAAAGGCACUUGUGUUCACCGGCAGUACGAUGACCCGUCUCAACACUACAAACACACCAAGUAGUAGUGGUUUAAUAUUAUGGUGAUUCUUAGGUAAUAAAAGAUGUUAUUAUUUCUUUCAGGAUCUAAACAUUAAAAAAACGACUUCAUGAUCGGUAUACUACAGAUUUGUAUAACAAAAGCAUUUACUGUGCGGGUAUAUAGGUCAAGUGGUUUGAUAUUGCAAUAAAACGAGAGGGAACCCCUCCAACUGUUAACACACAGUAAUUAUCAGCUUUUUGAAUGGAUUUUUUUAUGCUUAUCAUUGUAAUCUUUAACUAUGGAUUACGGGCUCUGUAUGCAGCCUCCAUUCAAUAAUUAUUACAAUUACUGCUAAGACGUGAAGUAGAACAUAUCAAGAAUUUGAGUAUUGAAUAACUUUGAGGAAAUAUUGCACAACAGAAGACAAAAAAAAGACUUGAUGACUAUAACUUAAUGUUAAGUAACAGGUACCUAGGCUUUGUAGUGCUGGAGGGAGGAAGAAGCAAUUUAUAUUGUAAUGAAAAAUAAAACAAUAAGGUUGAAUAUUUGAGGUAUUCUUAGUCCAGAUGUUUGUACACUAGUAGGUUAACUUAAGAAAAUAUUGCAUAAAGCCGCUGUCGGAUGAAAACAUCAAUCUUUGAGACUGAUUUCUGGAAACGAUUCUUCGGUGUUGAACAAAGUGGUCAGACAUUCUUGGGUCAUAACGUUUUCCCACUACAUAAGAGCCUUUUACGCUUGAAUUCAAGCCAGUUGAUUUGAAACUAAUCUGGAGAGUGUUUUCAUGCGACAGCAGUGAUGUUCCUCAUCAUAAGGAUUUAUUUAACCAACCACUACUUCAGUCAGUAUUUCUCAGUUAAGUCUUAUGGGUUUAAUUUUUCUUCUUCUUUCACUCUGGUCACUUGAGCGUAAUGAGUAUGCAUAAUAUUCAGGUGUAUUUCACUAUAGCAUUGGAUCUCUUAAGUUUAAAAAGAACCUGCAGUGUAUUUGUACAGCCAGUGGUACAGUAAUGUAUUUCUAGCUAAGCAUGGUUGCAUCAGUGUGGCAGCUACUGUUUGUGCUUUUAAUAUAUAUAAAUAUAUACACAUAUUUUUACCUCCUCUGCAUCUCUGUCCUCCUACAUACCGGUCGCUGAGGAAGGGAGUAUGUUACGUCGAGGUCCGGCAACAAACUUGUGGCAAUUCUCGUCACCAAAACGCCACUUUUUUUUUUUUUUUAACUGUUGCCGAAAUUUACCAACCUUGAGAGAGCCCCCACCCCCUCCCUCCCCCCACCCUCCGAUGCUUCUGGAGGUCGCAGAGAUGUAAGGAACCAUGGAUGAAAACCCUCGGCCUCCACGCCCCUUUUGUGCCGUGCCAUAUUUUCCCGAAAGUACAUAUUAGUUUCUCCUCCUAAGUGACUGGUGAACUCUUGAGUCCUUGUUAUGUCUCGCUUCCUGUGAAUCUGUGUUUUCCUAUUACUGUCCCCUCCCUCACAUUGUUGUUGGUGCGUAUUCCCACGAUUAUCUUUCUUGCUGUGUCCUCUGUUGACCCUAUUUUCACUUCAGAUGCCAUUCUGCAUCCCUCCGACCGUUUAAACACUUUUUGUUUCAUCCCGGGAUGCAAAAUGAUGUCGGAUCACAUGUCCUGCUCCACCUCUCGCUCCUUUAACACGCUGCUCUGUGUUCUUGGUCUUCAUGCGCUGCCAGUCUGACCUUUGCCACCCUCACCAACUCGUCUCGGUCACAACUUUUCCCCUUUUUUGUUGUCAUUUUUUUUUUUUUUCAGUAAUUGGAAAAUCUCCACUGAGCCUUUUUAAACACUAGAUGUCGCCUGUGACAGUCUGUAAGUGGCAUCACCGGUUCAAGGCUUUGAGCCAAAGCGUCAAACGAAUCAUUUCUGGGUGUCGUUUCCAUCUAAGAAGCACAAUUGGACGACAUAUUUUGAGCACUGAGAUCUAUUCAUUUUCUAAAUUCCGAUAUUUUCUUUUAAAAACACCCUUUUUAAACCUCACAGGGUUUUUCUCCAUGAUGUUUAUUUUACUUCGGUGGAGUUUUCUUUUCUUGGACUGUGGACCAACGCUCUUAAACUGUAACUCUUUUUAAAGGGGGGGCUCCGGAGAGAGGCUCAGGACGACGGUCGAAGUAAGGCCGCUUCUUCAUUUCACCUCAUUCCUUGCCUCUCGUUAUAUCCAAUUUGCACUUAAGUGAAAAUGAACAGUCGGACACUCUGAUGUGUUGGGGGGAGGGGGAGCGGUGUGCAAAGAAAUCUCAAUCAUGGGUCUUUUAUCGUCUUUCGGUUUUCCUCUGUCAGCUUUGACAUUUGUAACCCUUGAAAGGCCUCCAGCCUUCAUCGCACCGUUCCUCCUGCUCCUCUUCCUCUACGUUUUGCCCUGCAGUGGCUCAGUCUUACUUACUUUCACAAGUAUAAAUGAAAACUCUACUAUCCCAGUGAAUAGUGGGCUCUUAAAUGUCUUUGGUGUUCUGCUGCAGCUUUUCAAUCAUAAUUUGUCAUAUCUCGUUGUUUAAUUUGACACUAAUUGUGAUGCAAAAAGUGGAAAUUCCUUGUCUUCCAAAAAAAAAUAAAACAUACUUGUACGCCCCCUCCCGACCCCCCCAGCUCCCCCUCCCGGAACGAGUGUUAGGAACAACCCCAUCUUUGGAAGUUUUAGUUUGGUACCCAGUUUGCACAUGCUAUGGUAUAUCUGUUACCGUACGGUUGUGUUUGAAACUGAAGCCCAACGUGUGUUCAGCGUUGAGAGAAGUGAACUGUAUGUUAGCUAUUUGGUCCAGAGUGACGGACCAGCGUCAGGCUUGUGAUAUGAAGUGUAAAUCUGUUUUCAAUUUUUUCUUUUUUUUUCUUUCUUUUUUUUAUGAUUUCUUUUCUUUUUUUUGUUUUGUUUUUAAAGAUCAGUUAGUGAUCUAGUACUAUAACUAAGCCAAGUUUGUAAUUGUAUAUUUACUGUAAAAUGUAGAACAUUGAAUAACUAUUAAAAUUUUCCUAUAAAAGGAA